GCUUUAACGUAUACCAGCAAACGGCUUGUCAAAAUGGACUCAAAAGCCGUGUUUUCUAGCAUACCGCCCUUCGAAGCUACAGCUCUGGACAGCAUCCCGUCAACAUGUGACAAGGUGCUGAAGAUGUUCGAGUCCCACAAGACCAAGGAUCUGGAAUGGCGCAAAGUCCAGCUCCGCAAGCUGUACUGGGCCGUCGAGGACUAUACCCCAAUGAUCCUUGAGGCCAUGCAGCGCGACUUUGGAAAGCCGGCAUACGAGGUCCUGCUUAGUGAGAUUUCGUUUGUCAAGAACGACUGCAUGUUUAUGCUCGGCAAUCUGGACUCCUUUGCUAAGGAUGAGUACCUCGGCAGCCCACACGUGCCGUUCGCAUUUCGCGUCAACCAGAUUAGGACGCGCAAAGAGCCGCUCGGAUCCGUCCUUAUCAUUUCUCCAUACAACUACCCUUUCAUGCUACUGCUCUCCCCAUUGGUGGGAGCCAUUGCCGCCGGAUGCACGGCCAUACUGAAGCCUUCGGAACUGGCGCCCCACACGGCGGCCGUGGUCAAAGAGAUGAUCGAGCGCCGCCUGGAUCCUUCGGCAUUCGCCGUUGUCAAUGGCGCCGUGCCCGAGGUGAACGCCCUCCUCGACUGGGCCAAGUGGGACAAGAUCUUUUACACUGGCAGCACCAACAUCGGCAAGAUCAUCGCCAAGAAGGCCGCCGAGACCCUGACGCCCGUCACGCUGGAGCUGGGCGGCAUCAACCCCGCUUUCGUCACGCGCCACGCCGACCUCUACCUCGCGGCCAAGCGGCUCAUGUGGGCGAAGACAUUCAAUGCCGGCCAGGUCUGCCUGUCGCAAAACUACGUCCUGGUGGAGCGGCCGGUCCUUGACGGCUUCAUCGCCGAGCUGAACCGAGUGCACAACGAAUUCUUUCCGCGCGGCGCAAGGGACAGCGAGCUGGCCCGCGUCAUCAACGAGAGGCACUGGCUACGCAUGAAGAAGAUGCUGGACGAGAGCAGGGGAAAGAUUGUCAUGGGUGGACAGAUGGACCAGGACACGCUCUUCAUGGAGCCGACGGCGGUGCUCGUCGAGUCUGCAGACGACUCCAUGGUCGUGCAGGAAUCCUUCGGGCCCAUCUUUGCCCUCAUGCCGUUUGAUAACCUCGACGCCGCCAUCAAGCUGGCAAACAGCGUCGACAAGACCCCGCUUGCGCUGUACGCUUUCGGCAAGGACCACGAGACGAACAAAGUGAUCAACGAGAUGACGUCGGGCGGCGCAUCCAUCAACGACUCGUUCGCGCACGCACAACUCAACUCAGUCGCCUUUGGCGGCGUCAAGACGUCCGGCCAGGGCGCAUACCGCGGCAAGGCGUCGUUCGACUGCUUCUCGCACCACCGCACUAUCGCCAAGACGCCCGGCUGGAUGGAGUCGCUGCUGCGGGUGCGUUACAUGCCGUACAACAUGUCGGAGCUCAAGAAGCUGGCCAUGCUGUCGUCCAAGAGACCCAACUUUGAUCGCCAGGGCAGGGAGGUCAGGGGCCUAGCCUACUGGUCGUCCCUCAUCUUCGGCAUGGGAGCCGCCGGUCCCAAGGGUGCGUUUGUGCGUUGGUUGAUUGUCUUGGUUGCUGCUUACGCGUGGGUGAACAGAGUAGCUAUUACGAACAUUUACCAGCUCGUCAAGCAGCUGGCUGCGAUGCGCUGA